AUGACCCGGGCCGCGACAGCCGAGCCGGGCCGCGUGUCUCCCGCCUCGCCCGCGCGCAGCACGGCGGGCCUGCCGCGCGCCUUCCUGCAGAGCCUGCGCACCCUGUUAGACAUCCUGGACGACUGGCAGCGCGGCUGCGUGCACCUGCGAGAGAUCCAGUCCCGCUGGGUCGAAGCGCGGGAGCUGCCAAGCGGGGUGCUGGAGGGCCUGAGCCAGGUGACCCCAGCCAGCGGCUACCUAACCUUCCAGCGCUUCGUGGCCGGCCUAUGCACCUCGCUGCUGAGAGCCGACGGCAGCACCCCGAACCAGGCGCCGCCGCCGCCGCCGCCGCCAUCUCCGCCUCCGCCUCCGCCCCCGCAGCGCCUGGUGUUUGCACCGGCGGACGAUCUGCUGACGGUCCUGGAGAGGAAGCCCCUGUCCCUGGGCGUUCGCGCCCCUCUGGCCUGUCCCAGCGGCGCGGGCCGCAGCCGGGAGCAGCUGUACGCUCCCGCCGAGGCGGCGCAGUGCCCCGCGGGGCCCGAGCGGUUCCAGAGCGCUGCGCUGGAACGGAGACCCGGCGCGGACGCAGGUGCAGCGGCCUGCAGCGCCUUGGAGGCGGAUUCAGGGGAUGCCCGGCGGACCCGUGCCCGAGGGGAACACCGGAGGCACACCAUCACCAGCGGCGUGGACUGCGGCCUGCUGAAGCAGAUGAAGGAGCUGGAGCAGGAGAAGGAGGUGCUGCUGCAGGGUUUGGAGAUGAUGGCGCAGGGCCGCGAUUGGUACCAGCAGCAGCUGCAACAAGUGCAGGAGCGCCAGUGCCGCCUGGGCCAGAGCAGAGCCAGCGCCGACUUUGGGGCCGUGGGGAGCCCUCGCCCACUGGGACGGCUACUGCCCAAGGUACAGGAGGUGGCCCGGUGGCUGGGGGAGCUGCUGGCUGAGGCCUGUGCCUGUCGGGCCCUGCCCACAUCCUCCUCCGGGCCCCCUUGCUCUGCCCUGACGUCCACCUCGUCCCCGGGCUGGCAGCAGCAGAUCAUCCUCAUGCUGAAGGAGCAGAACCGACUCCUCACCCAGGAGGUGACCAAGAAGAGUGAGCGCAUCACGCAGCUGGAGCAGGAGAAGUCGGCGCUCAUUAAGCAGCUAUUUGAGGCCCGCGCCCUGAGCCAGCAGGAUGGGGGUCCUCUGGACUCCACCUUUAUCUUUCCCGUGUGGGCUGAGCCGGCCCCCCCAGGGCCGGCCUGGCACUCAGCCCUUCGAGGGCGGGCGCUUCGUCGCACCCAACCUCUCUGGCUGGAGACCCCCGGCAGGCCCAGGCAGUUCAGGAGUGGGCGCCUUCCUGCCCGCCUUGCCAUCCGGGCUCCCCAGGCCUGUCCCCGGCUGGCCCCCACAUCGAGCCCUUGA